AUGUCUUCUUCCCCACAACCGAGCACCAACGACCUCCUCCGCGAAACCCUACCGCCUCCAAAAAUCGGCGUCGUCAUCUGCUCGCAGCGCCAGCCGCGGAUCGGGGACCAGAUCGGGACCUUCAUUUUCCAGAGCCUCAAGCAGCAUCAACAACAACAGCAAGAGCAAGCCAGUCAGCAGACAUCUCCUGAUGCUCAGCGGCCUUAUGAGCUCUCACUGAUCGACUUGGCGGAUCACCCGCUCCCGUUCUUCGAUGAGCCUGGCAUUCCACAGCGCAUCACGAACCCACAGGACUACACCCACGUCGAAGGGGUAAUACAGCGCGGUAGAUCUAUCCAGUCUUCGCCCCUUGUCUCGUUAUUGGUCGCGAUCAAGGGAUUGGAAAGUACGCUAACACAUGUACAUCGCGAUCAACGGCCAGAACACACCCGCGCCUGGUCCCAACUAAUCACGUCCUACAAGGCAUUCGUCUUCGUCACACCCCAAUACAACUGGGGCUACCCGGCCAAUCUCAAAAACGCCAUCGACUACCUCUUCAACGAGUGGGUGGGCAAGCCGGCCAUGGUCGUGUCGUACGGCGGCCACGGGGGAACGCAAUGCGCCGGACAGCUGAAACAGGUCCUCAGCGGCGUCCGGAUGAAGGUCGUGCAGAAGAGUGUCGGAUUGGCGUUUCCGGGUCCCGGAAGGGAAUUCCUCGUCAGGGCUGCCAUGGGCGAGGAUCUGGGGUUGGACGCGGCCGGGGAGGGACUGUGGGCUAAUGAGGUGGGUGAGGUGAAAGCGGUCUUUGAUGAAUUGGUGAAAAUGUUACAUGACGAAUGA